AUGGCCUGCCUUAAGGGUGGGCGAAUGCAGCAACGCACAGGGGCAGUAGCCGGUACCUCAGUAUCUGGAGUGCCGGUUGCAGAACCUGGUCAGACGGAGGAGGAGCCAGGCCCGGAGCCACACCACAGCGCCCGGAACCUCCAAGCAGCACCAGCCUCUUCUCAAAGCAGAAAGCCAGAACAGCGUCGGGUGAAGUGGCCUACCGCUAACAAGAAAGAUUGGCAUCAGUUCGAUGAGGACCUCGAUAAAAUCCUGGAGUCAACAUGCAAGGGGAAUGUUGAACAGAAACUCCAUACCAUGUGCACCCUCAUAAUGGGGAUAGGCAAAGAGAGGUUUGGCGUCACAGAAAAGCGUGGCACAACUACUCCAUCACUACUAAACCGGCGAGAGAUCAAGAUCAGCCAGCUGAGACAAGAACUACGAUCCCUGAAACGUCAAUACAAGGCAGCAAAGGAGGAGCAGAAAACAGCCCUGGCUGAACUCAGAGAGAUUGUAAGGAGGAGGCUGACCACACUCAGGCGGGCCGAGUGGCAUCGAAAGAAGGGCAAGGAGCGAGCCCGCAAGCGUAAGGCAUUCAUCUCCAACCCCUUCGGCUUCACUAAGAGACUCCUGGGGCAGAAGAAAAGUGGCAAUCUCACGUGCUCUGUGGAGGAGAUGAACCACCAUCUCAGUAUCACUUUUAGUGACUCUGCAAGGGAACAAGACCUCGGCCCCUGCGAGAAGCUCAUCGAACCUCCAGAACCAGUGGUUCAGUUCAACAUCUCUGGGCCCACCUUGAAAGAGGUGAAGAAUGCAGUAAUGGCAGCAAGAUCAAGUUCCGCUCCUGGUCCCAGCGGAGUACCUUAUAGGGUAUAUAAACAGUGCCCAAAGCUACUUGUUCGACUCUGGAAAAUCCUGAAGGUGUUUUGGCAGAGAGGGAAAGUGGCUCCCCAAUGGAGAUCAGCCGAGGGGUUCUGGAUACCCAAAGAAGAAAAUGCAAGCACCAUCGAGCAGUUCCGUAUAAUCUCGCUGCUCUGCGUCGAAGGGAAAAUCUUUUUUAAGAUUGUGUCCCAACGGCUAAUGGAGUUUCUCUUGAAAAAUGGGUACAUAGACACCUCAGUGCAGAAGGGGGGAGUUCCAGGAGUACCUGGAUGCUUAGAACACACAGGAGUGGUGAGCCAGUUGAUCCGGGAGGCAAAGGAGAACAGAGGAGACCUUGCUGUACUCUGGCUGGAUCUUACUAAUGCCUAUGGGUCUAUUCCCCACAAGCUGGUCAAAGAAGCUUUGGCAAGACAUCAUGUGCCAGAGGCAAUCCGCAACCUCAUUCUGGACUACUACAAUAGUUUCAGAUUGAGAGUUUCAUCAGGAACGGUAACAUCCGCCUGGCAACGACUAGAGAAGGGCAUCAUUACCGGCUGCACAAUCUCGGUACCACUCUUUGCUCUAGCCAUGAACAUGAUCGUCAAAUCAGCAGAGGUGGAAUGUAGAGGCCCCAUGUCUAAAUCUGGUACUCGGCAGCCACCUAUAAGAGCCUUUAUGGAUGACCUAACUGUGACAACAGCUUCAGUUCCAGGGUGCAGAUGGCUUCUUCAGGGGCUCCAACGUCUCAUCCUAUGGGCAAGGAUGAGUUUUAAGCCAGUCAAAUCCAGGUCCCUGGUCUUAAAGAAAGGCAAAGUGGUUGGCCGGUUUCGUUUUACCCUGGAGGGGUCACAAAUUCCAUCAGUAACAGAAAGACCAGUCAAGAGCUUGGGGAAGAUCUUUGACAGCUCCCUGAAGGCCUCAGCCACUCUCCAACAAACCAGGAACGACGUGGCGAGCUGGCUCACGGCAGUCGACAAGUCAGGGCUCCCAGGAAAGUAUAAAACCUGGAUGUACCAGCACGGAAUCCUGCCGAGGCUUCUUUGGCCCCUUCUCGUAUACGAGGUACCCAUGACAACGGUAGAAGCACUGGAGAGAACCAUCAGCCAGUUCCUCAGGAGGUGGUUAGGGCUCCCACGGUCCCUAAGUAAUAUCGCCCUCUAUGGUCAGUCCACCAAGCUGCAGCUUCCCAUCAGCAGCUUGUCCGAGGAGUUCAAGGUCACGCGUGCCCGGGAGGUCUUGAUGUAUCGAGAUUCCUCAGAUGCCAAAGUCUCCUCAGCUGGAAUCUGCGUUAAGACGGGAAGGAAGUGGCAAGCACAAAAAGCGGUGGACAGAGCGGAGGUGCGGCUGAAGCAUGGUGUCUUGGUUGGCAACGUGGCGGUGGGACGUGCAGGCCUGGGCAGUUUUUCCAAGCCACGCUACGACAAAGCAAGAGGGAGGGAGAAGCGUCAGUUGGUGCAGAAUGAGGUGCGGGCAGAGGUGGAGGAAGAGCGCCUGACCAAGAUGGUCGGUAUGCGACAGCAAGGCGCCUGGACAAGGUGGGAGAACGUUGAGCAGCGCAAGAUCACCUGGGCAGAUUUGUGGAGCUCUGAACCAUUGCGCAUCAAGUUCCUCAUCAGUUCGGUGUAUGACCUUCUACCCAGUCCAUCCAACUUACAUCGAUGGGGCUUGGUAGACUCACCAGCAUGUCAACUGUGCCAAAGGAGUGGCACACUAGAGCAUAUCCUCAGCUGCUGUCCAAAGGCUUUGGGAGAUGGGCGGUACCGCUGGCGCCAUGAUCAGGUCCUCAGGGCUUUGGCAGAUACAAUCACCGCAGCGAUUCAGAGUAGUAAGAGUCAGCAUCCCUCCAAGCAUACCAUCUCCUUUGUCAGAGCUGGGGAGAAGGCACAACAGCAGCCACGCUCCCCAGGUGGGCUCCUCGCCAAUGCAAGAGACUGGCACCUUCAAGUGGACCUGGGAAGGCAGCUCAAGUUCCCGAAUUACAUCACGGCCACUUCACUCCGCCCAGACAUGGUGAUAACAUCUGAGUCGACCAGGCAGGUGGUCAUAGUGGAGCUUACUGUCCCCUGGGAAGACAGAUUGGAGGAGGCAAAUGAGCGUAAGAGAGCCAAGUAUGCGGAGUUGGUGGAGGAGUGCAGGAGCGGCGGCUGGAAAGCACGCAGUGAGCCAGUGGAGGUCGGUUGCCGGGGCUUUGCUGGACAGUCGUUGCUCCGAACACUCAAACUCCUUGGAGUUAAAGGUCAGCUGUGCAGAUGA